CGCCUCCACCAGUUGCCCUACUUCUUCUUCUUCUUCUACCAAACCUCUCUCAAUUUUCCUGCAAAAAAAUUGUCAGCAAAUAUGCCGAGCGAAGGAACAUUAAACUGCGUCGACAUCCUCCUCGCCAUCCUCUUGCCUCCUCUUGGCGUCUUCCUCAAGUUUGGCUGCCAUGUGGAAUUCUGGAUCUGUUUGUUGCUGACCUUAUUUGGUUACAUCCCUGGGAUUAUUUAUGCCAUUUAUGCCAUCACCAAGUGAUGUCCAAUUUCUGUAUCAGAGAUGCGAAGGACACAUAUGUCAUUUUGUGUUUGCAGUAUUGGAUUGUUUUCAGCCGUCUGAUUAUCUGGUGCAGCCAAGUGGAUGGUUGAUGUUUACAUGUAGUGAUUGUUCCUUUUUUGUUUUUUAUUUUAAUUUAAUUUUCCUUCCACCUAUUAUCUGUCUAUUGUAAAAGUGGACUGAUUCUAUUCACACACUUAGUCUUAUCCAUUAUUUAUUUUUCAAUGCAAUUUUUUUUUUUUUCGAUAGUAAUGUAAUUUGGUUUUUCAUUUCAUCCAAUUGGGUUACAGGGUA